CAAGCAAAGGGGCUGGGCUUGAGGGAAAAGCACGUCGCCUCGUCUGGUAUGUGUUGGGGAAAAUGCAACCGGACGUGUAAUACCGCCGUUCAACCCUCUUCGUGUGGAAAAUUCUGGCUGCUCUGUCUCCAUGGGCAUACUGCCACCAGUCAGAACCGGUGCUAGUAUAGGAAAGGGAAUUGCACUCAACGAAAUUAGUAUUCCUCGUUUCUACCAGCGAAGAACUCGUUUCACUUUCGUUCGUUUUCUGUUCCGUGAUAUCAUCAUCAUUUCUCAGUUUAAAUCGCAUAUAGUCGUUUUUACUCAUCGUUCGUUUAGCUUACGUGACUUUGUAAUAGACCUACUGCAGCACGCGCUUCAGAUUUAACGAGGCAUAGUAUAUCAGUUUUGUCUGGUGGAAUUUCAGACAAUAGCUGAUUUUUUGUUUUUGUUUUUUGUUUUGUUUUUUUUUUUGUUUGUUUGUUUGUUUUUUGUUUGUUUUUUGUUUUUUAUUUUGCUUUUUGUUUGUUGUUGUAUUAUUAUUAUUUUUGUUUUACUACAAUUUAAUUCGUCUUUGGUGAAAACAAUGGCGUUCACCCCAGUCAUUGAAGAGUCAGUUGGAAUGGAUUCACCUCACCAUCAGCACGGUGAAGUUCUUCUUUCGCUCCUUGCUCGUCACAAAAGUUUAGAAGCUACAAUCCCGCGAUGUGCCGGAUGCAGUGGUUUUAUUCUCGACCGCUUCAUCCUCAAGGUUCUUGAUCGUCCCUGGCACACCGAGUGCCUCAAAUGCAUGGAUUGCGGUACUCAUCUAGUUGACAAAUGCUUCGUCAGAGGUGGUAGCACAUAUUGCAAAGAAGAUUUCUUCAGAUUUGGUACCAAAUGUGCGUGUUGUGACCAAGGUAUUGCCCCGUCGCAAAUCGUGCGACGAGCCCAACAUCACGUCUACCAUCUGGAAUGUUUUCAGUGCGUCCUAUGCGGCCGUCAAUUGGACACCGGUGAUGAGUUUUACCUUAUGGAGGAUCGAAAACUUGUCUGUAAACCUGAUUACGAGUCUGCUAAAACCAAAGAAGGAGAAAACCCGCCGAAGCGACCAAGGACAACAAUCACAGCAAAGCAACUGGAGACGCUAAAAUCGGCUUACAAUGCCAGUCCUAAACCAGCCCGUCACGUACGUGAACAACUCAGCCAGGAUACAGGCCUCGAUAUGAGGGUGGUGCAAGUCUGGUUCCAAAACAGACGCGCUAAAGAGAAGCGAUUGAAAAAAGAUGCUGGCAGAGCCCGAUGGGGUCAAUACUUCCGCAAUGGCAAUGGUACUGGAGGCUCUAACGGUGGUUCAAUUGGAGUCAGUAAAGAUGGUAUCAGAGCGUCUAAAAUUGAAGAUCUAAAAGAAGAUCUUAUCCUUGGUUUUUCCUCAGGUCGUCAUGGAGGAUUGGGUUCGCACAAUGGCAGCAAUGGCAAUCCUUUGACGCCUAUGACAGGUGCGUCGAUGUCCGAUAUGGGUGGUAUGGCCCCAUUGGCACCAGCCAGUGCAUCCAGUGACAUAAGUAAUAUGAGUAGCAACAGCAGCGAACGAAGUAGCAGCAGUAGCAAUGGACACUACCCCUACUUUCCUCCUUCUCCUGACUCUUGGCUUGGUGAUGUUACCGACGCUGCCAGCUCCGGACAACCUUUUUGAAAGUCUAAAAUGCAAAUUACAAAAUUAAUUUAGACGCACAUGUCUUUUCGCUCGAUCGACAAGAAACCUCCCAAAAGAUCAACCGAAAUACUUGUUGAGGAGAAAUCGAGCAGUUUUGACCUAAAACUAGUUAUAUACAGUGUUUUAUUUCUCAUCCAACCGUCAAUCAUUUGGUGUUUGUUGUGAUCAGUCUACAUUUAAGUUAAUUAUAUGUGCACUUUAAAAAAUUGAUCGUGAAAUCUACUGUGAAAUGAUAAGAUGCUUCAUACUAUUUAUUGUCCAUCAGGCAAAUCAUUGAACUGGCUCCGGGCACAAUUACUGCAACAAACCAAAAAUUGUAGCGUGUUUUAGUUAAAAAGGCUUUUCGGAAAAAAAGUCGCAUUCUGUGUAACCCUAUACCUGUAUCAUUCAUGAUGGUUCAACGGUGUUUUCGAAUUGUUUGAAUGAAAUAAAUCUUUUGUAAGAA